GCUCUUAAGCAGAAGUUGACUCAUAUUGAUGGAGUAGACAGCUUCCAAUGACGGCAGUUCCUCAUUAUAGGUUCAUCCAACGCAACGGCAGCCAAGAGCCUUCAGUUGUAAUUUGGUGUCAAAGAAAUCUGUCAUGGUAGCGACAGCACAAUUAAACCUCAUCUUGUCAUCCUGUGGAUACGUUCCACUCAGAAGCUCUGUUGAUUGCAUUAUUGUCCGACAUAUCAACGGCAUGACUAUUUGCGCCAACGAAGCGGCUAUGUUCCUGGCGCAUCUGAUCCACGAGAGCGACGGGUUCCAGCGUCGCAGUGAACAGUCCAGCAAAAUCAACAAAGGUAGCGGAGGACGCUACUAUGGCCGCGGUUACCUUAUGUUGACCCAGGACUAUAACUACCGGGCUGCUUCGUUGACGAUCUUCGGUGAUGAACGGCUUCUGGAAACUCCCGACAUAGUGUCCGACAGUGAGGAUAUGUCGAUGUGCGUUUCGGUGUGGUUUUGGGAGAAUUAUGUUCGUCCAGCCGGAGGACCUUCGAAGAACAACUUCGGACUGACAACCAAGAUGAUCGCAUGUCCUUUGAAGUCGCCGUGCAAUGAAGUGGUACGGAAGAUGUACAACUACUAUCUGGUGGCGGCAAGAAUACUUGGAGUCAGGAAUCUAGCUGUAGAACAGUGAAAUUGGAAUGAAGAACGAAGUCCAGAAAUGUAAGAGCUGUGUGGAUGUUCAAAUUAAAAAAUUUGCGUAGCAUUGCGGAUAACAAAAUGUCAAAUAAAAUAACUUUUACUUACUUUUACUUUUUACUUACUUGCACACUCACCAGUCAGAUUGAGGCCUGAGUGUCCUCUGCUGUACGUAGGAGUCGUCUCCAUUCUACUCGGUCCAUGGCUGAGUGUGUCCAGUUGCGCACUCUGCGAAGGGUCCGCAAAUCGUCCUCCACUUGAUCGACCCACCUAGUUCGCUGCGCACCACGUCUUCUUGUAGUUCGGGUUGCUAUCCGAUAUCCUGAUGACCUGACCC